GUAAUAUCGUGACGCCAUGAAAAAACGUCACUGAUAUUUUAUAGCAACGACGUCAAAUACAGCAGAUAAGCAAUUAGAAAAGUAAAAAAGAAAAAUCAUGAAAGCAUAAGAAGAAUUACAUGGAAUACAUAUUUGGUAAAAGACAACAAUUGAGAGGGUAUGGUAGGAAACGCACUCCCAAAAUGCCAGCUACAGAGACAUUGAAAGAUGGGGAGGGUUCCAGUGGUGACAGCCAUACCAGUAGUAACCCAUCCCUGGAAAACAUACACAAUGAUAAACUGUUUGUGGAGAGAUUUACCUCCCUUUACAAUAAUGAAAAGUUGAGUGAUAUCAUCCUUCAUGUUGGAGAUGAAAGAUUUUAUGCACAUAAAUUCAUGCUGAUUGUCUGCAGUGAGGUUUUUGAAGCAAUGUUGAAUGAGGAAAGAUGGAAGGAAGCCAGCCAACCAGAGAUCAAACUGACGGAGGAGGAGGAAUGUGUGCCAGUGUUCUCUCUCUUUCUCAGGUACAUUUAUACUGGUUCUGUAGGCCUGACAACUGACAACGUUUUGCCAAUCUUGCUCUUAGCUGACAAAUAUUGCAUCCCUGCUCUAAGUGUAGCUUGUGUAGAAUACAUGACCCGUCACAUCGUAGAAUCUCCAGACACCAAUCGAACCCUUUCUUGGUACCAGUACUCCAAGAUGACGGGAAACACCCUGCUAGUGGAUAAAUGCCGCAAGUUCAUCUUGUCAAAUUUCGAUAUUAUUCUGAAGACAGCAGACUGGAUGGAUCUUUCUAAGGAAGAGGUGAUUGAGUUUUUGUCGAGUAGCGAUCUGGUGGUGUCAAACGAGUUUGAUUUGUGGCUUAGAUCGGAGAAAUGGUUAACCAGUGAAAGUAAUAGGCACGCCAUUGCAGACAAUGUCAAGGACGUUGUUCCGCUGUUGAGGUUCAAAAUGAUUCAGCCAAAACAGUUGUUAGAGAUUGAGAAAUCUCAGUUGUACCAGGAUCACAAAGAGAUCUUUUCUGAGAAAAUAAAUGCUGCUUACCGCUAUCAUUCUCUCAUAAUGAACGAAGUGCACCAAAAUGUACGAGACGAGAUGUUCCGUAACUAUAUGUGUAAUGUUUAUGGCUUGUGUAUAGAUCUCACCUUACUUCAUUACAAUUAUGUGGAGAAAUACGAAAGCAAAAUCAGUCAUAAGGUAAAUAUCCCGGUUGACGUUGCAACAUCAAACCAAAGUUACAUGAAAGACGUCCAGUUUGAGGUCACUUUCUGGCCCAAAGGUCCCUUCAAAACAUUCAGUUGGUAUGGCUACUUAUCACCCAAUGCCACAAUGUCAGUGAAAAUGCUGUCGAGAAAUUUGUCAUCAGUACAAGCAUCAAUGUCGCUUAUUCUCUUUGGUAUCAAGAAUGGCAUCAAAUAUGUUGCCUUUUCAUACAAUAAUAGCCACAAGUUCACAGCAUCGUCCAGCGUGUUCACAGAAGAUAACGUUGUGCCACUGGAGCGCCUUACUGCGGAAAACUCUCCCUACAUCCUCCACGGCAACCUUGAAGCUAAACUGUUCUUAAAAAUACAGACUGUAGAGUGGGAUAAGGAGAACUAAUAUUUGAUAUUUAUUUGUACAUGUUUUUCUAUAAUUAUAUUCUAUGUGUUAAGCUUUAUGUGCAAUAUUUGAAAAUGCUUACUGAAGCAGUUUAUAGACUUUUUUUAUAUGAAAUACAUCAAAAUUAUAUUAUUGGCAUUAUUUAGUGAUAAAAUUGUUUAGGUUAAUUCUGUUCCCUUACUGCUGGUUUUUUUCAUAUAUGGCAAUUGCUGUGUAAUUUAGUAUCUGGUCUUUAAAAAACAUAUUUUUAUGUUAACAAAUACAAAGUCAUAAAAACUGCAUUUAUACAUAAGUGAUGAAAGUAUAGUUUGUUUUUCCCACAAUGUUUGUUAGUUUGACUACCAAGUUUCUUUCUGCUAUUUAUACAUGUUAUUUGAUGUUUUUACAUUAAUCGCUUUACAUAUAUUAUACAUAUCAGUAUCA